AUGGCUCCCCAGUCUGAUCGGUGUCCUUACAAAGAGCAGGGCAACGGCAAGUACUUCCAGUGCCCCACCCCAGCCUCCACACUCAUCCCGGGCGACUUGUCCAUCCCUUCGGAGGAGGAGAUGGAGGAGGAGGACCUGCUGGAGCCCUCGGCAGCCAGGAGCGAGUGCAAGCGGCGCCCCCGGGGUCGGGGCAAGCCCAGGAGCCCGAAGGUGGUGCAGAAGAUCAAGAAAAGCCGGCGCAUCAAGGCCAACAACCGGGAGAGGAACAGGAUGCACAACCUGAACGGCGCCCUGGACGCACUGCGGGAGGUGCUGCCUGCAUUCCCGGAAGAUGCCAAGUUGACCAAAAUCGAGACUCUCCGCUUCGCCCACAAUUACAUCUGGGCACUGACGGAGGCUCUGCGCCUGGCCGAUCCCCUCGGCGGCCCCGGGGACUCCAACUACGAGGGGCCCGAGCAGCAAUACCUAGACUCGGGGCUGAGCUGCCCUAGCCCCGGCGCUUCGGGCAGCUCCUGGAAUAGCUUCAGCUCGCCGUCCUCUUCCUCCUACACCUGCACUUUAUCCCCGGGCAGCCCUGCUCCAUCGGAAGACAUGUAUUUCGGGCAACCCGAGAGUAUCUAUGCACCCCCUAAACUGCAAAACUCUUCCCCAUUUCAUGAAUUUAUUUAA